AUGCCUCGUGGAAUGCAACUGCACCAGGGGGCCGCUGCCGUGAACCAGCUGGGGGGGCACUUUGUGAAUGGAUGCCCCCUGCCUGACUUCAAGAGGAAGUGGAUAAUCGAUCUGGCCGCGUCUGGGCUGCGAGCCACUGACAUUUCACGUCACUUGAAGGUCUCCAAUGGGUGUGUCAGCAAGAUCCUCACCCGCUUCUACCAGAUGGGCGUUGUCCAGCCAAAGGCCAUGGGAGGAAGCCGGCCACGUCUGUCCACUCCACAGGUGGUGGCCCGGGUUGCCCAGAUGAAGCAAGAGCAGCCUUCCCUCUUUGCUUGGGAGAUCCGAGGAAAGCUGCAGGCAGAAGGCCUCUGUGCUGCAGGCAGGAUGCCCAGCGUGUCUUCCAUCAACCGCAUCCUAAGAACCCUGCCCCUGGGUGUGCACUUCCCAGAUCAGUUUGCUUUCCUGACGAAGCCUCUGCAACCAGACCUCCCCUUGCCAGGGGAAAGGAGGCCCGAGGGCUCUGCAGAGGCACCAGCGUCCCGGUCAUCUCCCCGGAGGACAGAGGAGGGGAUCAAGCUGCCCACCCCAUGGAACCAGCACAAGAGCAAGACCGUCUUUUCAAAGCAGCAGCGGGAAGUCUUGGAAGAAGCGUUCCAGAGAGGGCAGUACCCAGAGGCGGCCACCCGGGAGAAGCUGGCUUCUACCACCCGACUCCCCAACGCCACGAUCCGAGUUUGGUUCUCAAAUCGGAGAGCAAGAUGGCGGCGGGAAGCCAAGAAGGCCCUGGACACCCACCACACAGGUUCUGCCCUGAGGCCCAUGGUCCCAGAGGCCCUGGGCUUGGCCCAGGCCUCGAAGCGGCCCUCCUUCCCGGCAUCUGCCUGUCUUGCCCAGGAGCCAGAGCUCUUCCAGCCCCACCCAGGAACUGCACGCACCCACCGCUUCACCCUGGGCCUGCAAGGCCCCCUCGAGUGGUAA